CGAUAUACAAAGAACCAAGAUGCGAUCUCUACCUGAAAAUUUGUUUGAUCCACUUCAUUCACUCCUGAUUGUGUAAGUAUACUGCGGCACUCUUACAGAACAAUAUACAUUCAAGCUUGUACAAAUAAGAGACGUACUCCACCAUAUCACAAGAGCACAAACACUGUUAGUGUGCACAAACACUGCCUGGUCACUUGUGGGAGUGGCAUGGAGCUGGUUGUGUAGUCACAAUCAGAAGCAGAAUCGAAAUAAAUUUAAACACAAUAAUUCAAAAUCAGAAAAUAAUACUAAUGUGGUCGUAGGUAGGCUCAUAUAGCGUGUUUUGAGGCGUGAACCACCGGAGUAUGUUCUAUUCUUGGGUCUCUUAAACAGGAUUUCCUGCAUUAUAAGUGAUGUUAUGAAGUUUAUUGUUUUAUGAUAUUACAGGGAUCAUUAAUACUUAAUUUCUGUAAUAGGAUGGUUUCGAGUGCAAUUUGGAACAGGGGUGUAUAUUCGUCAAUGAACGUUGAUUCUUCCCCCCCCCCUUCUUUUCAGAUUUGAUUCUUUUCCCCAUAUCUUUACUACAUCAGCCUCAAAGGCCUGCACCUAAUAGUAAUACUGUAACAUAUAGUAUAUUUGUCCCCUCCCCAAGAUAGAAUAAAAUACAUAAAUUAUAAAUUAGCUAGUUAUAAGUUAUUAUUUCCUAAAUUUGCAAUCCUCAGUAAAGCUUUUCAUAUUUAUUUAAGUUACUUUCCACUAACAUGAACAAUCAACAUUAAUACAGUAAUUAAUUCAGCUAAAAAAUCUCAGUGGCAAAAUCAUUUUGGAAAGUGGAAACACAGAUUUUCACGAAUUAUCCACGGAAAUUUUUCUCUUCUUUUCCCUCUGCCUUUCCAUUUUUUCUACUCUUCUUUGAUUUUCUUCCCUAGUCCUAAGACCCUUUGAUUCUUUUCCCCCACGCCAGGGGGGGGGGAUUAUAGAAGAAUAUACACCCCUGAUUUGGAAUAAAACAUGCAUACACGAGUGAGUUUUCAAAGAACAUCAAAAUAUGGGGUCUUCAAAAACUCACGAGUUCUUGUUUCAUCCAAAUUUAACGAGAAACCAUUCUAUUACGUAUUAAUAAUAUAUAUAUAUAUAUAUAUUAUAUAUAUAUAUAUAUAUAUUAAAAAUGUUCGAAACAAUGGUACUUUUAACUUACGUAGUUUACAGCAAACUGUCUACAGACAAAGUUUUCCUGCUUUGUUAUAUCACAUUAUACAACGCUAACGGCUUGAAAGUUUCACUCAACUAUACAAAUUUUGUCAUUCUUGUUAAGGUAAAUUCUUUUCCAUUUAAAAAAGGAUAAAAGCUAUAUAUUUUCCAGCCGAACUCACUUUUGCUUUACAUAGCGAGGCCGCAAUGUCUGUUUUGUUUUGAAUGCGUGACCGUUACUUGAGGACUGUUUUAAGCAUGAAUGGUUGAUUUUAGAUACCAUGUUUUUCACAAAUCAGAUCAGUUUCUUACAGAUUUUUGCACAGUGGAUACAGAUUUUUCCACAGUUGUUACAGAGUUUUGCACUGUGGUUACAGCAUUUUGUACUGCUGUUUGAGAGUUACUAUACUGAAAUCAACCAAUCACAUUGAAGUAACAUUUUUAUGUACGUUAUUUGUUAAUAUACCAUCCAACAUAAACAUAGGGAAACUAGCAUUGCUGGUGUGACUUUAUGCCAAAUCAACGAUGCUAAAUCUUAUUAAUUAAACUGGCAAAGGUUUGUUACAUUUUCAAAGAUUAUUUUAGUUGCGAUAAAAAUCUGAACACUGCCCCCCUCCUCAAUGAAAGAAAAUUUUAGCAAGGGGAGUAAGCUUCCCCCUCCCAUCAAGCCCCUCCACCACACCUCUGCCCGGAGCUGUCUCCUCCACUGGCCCUUCUUGCGUCAUUGGAAGGCCACAAUUCUGGAGCGCCUGCCAAAUUUUGUAGAGAAAAUGCAUCGUUCCUAUCUAGCAUAUGGAGUAAUACUUGCUUUCACUUUUAAAGCAAUUUUGUACACUAACAGUUUAUUUGGGAAAUAGAACUAAUGCAAAAAAUUGUAAAGAACUGCUCGAACUUACUUUUUAAUUAAGUCAUUUCACGUAUAAAAUCAUUAGAGAAUUAAAUUAUAUAUUGCUGACGAGAGAUACAGCUCAUGAUCGUUAUUUAGGAGAUGUACAAUCAGAUGCGAUUUUUAUGAAAGCCGCAAUGUGAUUGGCUGAAACGAUUCCUCGUUAAUUCCGUAAAUCACGGCACUUUUGCACAAAGGCAGAUGGAAAUAAAAUAUUGAGAUUGUAAGAGUUUCGUUUCUGUAAAUACUACCAAUGUCCUGCACGUAGAAUUUUGUGCGUGAGCAGGUGCAGCGGUCUAGCUUACGGACCCUCUUGAAAUAUUAGGGCUGAAAACGAACCCCUUAUCGUCCACUUACGCCUGCAUUCUUAAAGCUCACUCACCUGCACACACACUCAAAGAGUUGAGGUUCAAUCUGAGCUCCCCUUGAGUGCCAAUGCUGUUUAUGAAUAGCUGGAGGGUGAGUAGUCACACAGUAAAGUACGAGUCUAACCCCGCAGCUUGUUCAAAAGCAGCACUGAUACUCAAGGGAAGCUCAGCUUGAACCUCCACCUUUUGAAUGUGAGUUUGAGUGUGAGUGAGCAAUUAGAAUACAGACGUUAGUGUCGUAUGCAGGCACUUAGUACAUAGGUUUCAGUGUACUCAUGAAUUAAUGCAGUACGACUCAUGCACUUUUGCAAUUGCCCUUUAUUAUACAUCGUUUGUUUCAAAACAUUCCAUUGAAAGAUUAUUUGACAGAGAGAUAAAUUGUUAUCUGUUUUCAAUUCAAUUGCUAAAUUAGUAUAGAAAAACCUCAAAAUGUAGAUCUUAAACAACACUGAAAAAGUUGCCAAAUUUUCUCUUUUAUCAAUCACUUUGAUUUCCUUUCCAUGUUGAAGAUGCAUGACUUUUCCAAUUUCAGGUGAUCGACGAUUGCAGGGAUAUGCCCACCUCGCCAUCCCUCGCUUCAAAAUCCGGCCUUGAUAAAAUUUUCAUAGAUGGCACAGUAACAUUCAACUCAUAUAUUUCCAGGAAAGUAGACGACUUUACCCACUGUUGUGCUGCACAAGCAGCAAAGGCGGAUGUUUUAUGCGACAUUCGUCAUCAAGAUGGCUUAUCAAACUGUGGUGGAUUGCUGAAGUACACAGUUCUCAAGUAUUUUAUUUGGAUUUUUGGCAUUUUCUCCUUUCUGGGGAACUUGGCUGUGAUUUUGUGGAGGUAAAUUUGCUUAUGUUACAUAAAAUUCAAGUUAUAUAAAACAUCCAGAACGAAGGCUUUAAGAGAGACUAAUCCCUAGGGCAGAUGAAAAUCCCGAGAGACUUAUCUGGCCAAAAGUCGACUUUCGGAGGUUUAACCGACUUAUAGUAUGAUUAGCGAGGUUUUGUUUCCAAAACAGCUCGUACGAUUAAGGUACGUAGGAAUCUGGUUCAACAUGUGCACUUUAAAUGCUUUAAUGUGGAGGAGCUUAUAUUUUACACAAUUUUAUCAUUUAAAGUCCCACAAGUGAAACAGAAAAUGUUUUUGUGAUAAAUUCGCCGAGUCGGUCCUGUGAGAACUUUGACUGUUGGUCUGAUAUAUACCAUGGCACCUUCGUAUCUAUACAUGAACUUGCGGUAAGAGGACGACAAUUGGACUAUGUAGCAAAGUUAGUUAGAGCGCUGGAUGGAGCUGGAGAGGAAUCACAGGUGCGAUUCCUGUCAGAAGGCCUAUGGUUGCAAUAUUCUCAGCUGCCCAGGUUAUGCUUAAUUGCAUGGCGCAUGGUUUGGCUGCUAGAAAGCUGGAGUCUAAAUAAAUGUAUAAACGGCUUAGAGUCGAAAUUUCUAUCUAUACAGAGACUUUCAACAAAGGGUCAAUCAUGGUCUUUUUUAGCUAUGUAAGAGGAAAUAAUAUAGCCUUCUUCCAGGAAUCGGAUUUGCCACUCAAUUCACAUUGGAAAAGCGGCCCUGCAAAAUUAACCUCAACAAUACUGUUAACACGUGUACAUGAAUCCUAAUUGACUGCAGUACCCUUUCCAAGAAAUUUUACGCGGGGGGAGGUUGAAUAGAGGGGAUUAUGUAGGGGAUAAUGUUCUUCCUAAUUGGGAAAAUUGGGCUAUAAAGUCGACUUGGGAAAAAGCGGGCUCUCCCUCCUUUUAUAGCUUUAAUUAAUUAGCUUUUAACAUAUUAAUGUAUCUUAAUUAAGCUAUGACUUUCAUUUUUGAUCUUAGAAAAUUCAAAUUGAUUUUGCGAAUGCAAAUUUAUGUUUUAAUUAGGUAGUUCGAGUGUUAAGCCGGGAAAAUUUUAUUUAUGAUGAAAAUUUGAGGUCACAGAAACGCCUUUCCUGCACUUACAGUAUGGGCAGUUUAGGCCAUUCAAUGCAUUUGCUUCCCGCCCUACUUUUUUAAAUUUUCAGGAAAAUGUGUCAUUUGUAUCAAUUUAAUUUAAUUUAAUUCAACGUAUUAAAAUUUUAUAUCGGCAUAAUGCAAAUUAUAAUACUUAUUACAAUGAUGGUUUUUGCAUUUCCAGAGUAUUUACAAAAGACCAAAAUCCAGUGAAUUCAUUUUUGCUAACAAACCUCGCUGCUGCUGACUUCCUGAUGGGUGUUUACCUGUUAAUAAUCGCAUUCAAAGAUACGUCCUGGAAUGGAGUGUACUAUAAACAUCAUUUCGCUUGGCGGGAAAGUGACUUAUGUAUCAUAGCUGGAGUUGUUGCAACUAUUUCAAAUGAAACGUCCGUUUUUUCUUUGCUCAUAAUAACUUUAGAUCGUUUGAUUUGCAUCGUCUUUCAAUUCCGUUUCCAAAGAUUGUCGUUGAGAAAAGCGAUAUUUAUUAUGGGAAUCGUUUGGUCAAUUAGUAUUGUCAUUGCACUUGCACCAUUGUUUAACGAUGCUUACUUCUUUGACGAAGACGGGGAAGUGAAUCUCUUUGGUCAAACUGCACUGUGUCUACCGUUUAUUUUGUCCAGUGAAAGACCAGCCGGAUGGGAAUAUUCAGUAUUUGUCUUCGUCACUCUAAAUGGGUUUUCAUUCUUCUGCAUCGCCAUUGCCUAUGCAAUCAUCUACCGCACAGCGACGAAAGCAAGGAAUGCCGUGAGAUCGACAAGAAUAAAGCAGGAUUCGGUAAUUGCCAAAAGAAUGAUGUUUAUAAUAUUGGCUGAUUUUCUCUGUUGGUUUCCAGUGAUCAUUUUAACUAUUAUGGCAUUGGCAGGAAGUCUUUACGAUCCAUCACAAGAGGUAUAUGCCUGGACGGCCGUGUUUGUCUUGCCCAUCAACAGCUCCGUCAAUCCCUAUCUCUAUACAUUUUCAACACGAUUUGUACAAGAGAAAAUAUUUGGCGCGGAAAUUGUUCAAAAUAGGCAACACCAUCCAAAUGUAGCUUCACAACCAGGUAAAUUUUAUUACUAAGUAUUGUUGUCAUUACGAGUGUUCUGAUUGGCCAACAGCUUACAGCUAAAUACGCAAACCACACAAUUUCCAGGUUUAGCCAUUGGUAUGAUUUUUAUAGCAAGCUGCUGUUACAUAAUAUAGACAGACUGAUGGUCGACCCAGCCAAAAAGGUGUAUAAAUGUUGCCACGCCAUAAUUCCCUAUGAUUCGUCAUCAAAAUGCUGUUGCCAUGGUCCUAACCAGUGCGAGUAUGAGAAACAUUCACCACCCUGAACGUCUGCCAUUUUGAAUAUUCUCAGGGCGUCAAUGCCUCUUAUAAGCGCAUUGGCUAGACCAAGAAGUCAAUUCUGUAUGCAUCUAUUCUGUACCACUGCUUUAGACAGACGAAUAAAAACACGAAAAAACAACAUAAAUUAACGACGUUUCUUACUUCUUUUUUGUGCAAAAAGCAGACUUUUUCGACGUACUGCAGUUACCAGAAUUUCAGUAUUUAAGGUGGCUACCUACAGUGAUACAGUUUAAAAUACGAUUUAUAUAUAGAUCAGACUUCAUCCUCGCGACCUGCGCGUGGAAUAUCCUCGUGUUCACUUUUCGGUAAAAGUAUUGAAACAAGCCGCAGGAUGUUUUUUGGCGUUUUCAUCUACAAAGAAAGCUCCAGUUUUUCAUUAUAAUCCCAAUUUGUUCUGAAACUGACCAGUACGUAUGUCAUUAACUAGUUUAAUUUAUUUAACCUAUCUUUUAGUGCGUUUUUACGUAUUUACGUUCAGCAUUGCCAUUCAUAUAAAUGCUCUAAAUUUUCAACUUGUUGUGUCGCGAACUGAAAUGAUACUGUCUUCUAUUAACUCUUGAACAGUGAACUGUCGCCGAAACUUAUGUAAGUCCUGUCAAUCAAUUCAAUUGACAGGUAUUGUUUUAACUGCGCUAAAUUAAAUAAAACAGAAAUGAGUUGUUUUAUAUGAAAAGUCAAUUUUGUUGUUCGAUGUUUUGAAAAGAUUUCACACCGAUUUUAACACAAAAACAAAUGUGAAGAAACACUGGAUGAAUACAAUGCGUAAUAGUGUUUUUAUUAUUGGUAUAUAUAUUUUCAACAGUAAUAUUUUAUUUUCAUGUCAAACAAGUCAGAAAUAUCUUUUUGUAUGUAUUGUAAGUCAAAAAGUUGAAAUCACUAUAAAUCACACACAUUUUGUGUUGUCACACAGUACAAUUUACACGCACGCGCAGGUCGUGCUCAUGCCGAGUCGAUUAUUUUUCAUGUCAGCGCCUGGCCGCGCCGAUUUUAGCGAUGAUUUUCUCGUGCUUUCAUCGGUGAAAUUUUUUUAAACUUCUAGAAAUUCUACAAAAAACUUCUUCUGUAACCGUCAUUCACGAAUAUCUCGAAAACUUAUUUGUAAACCUCCCUUCAAAUAUGAAGGUUUGAUAUGUUUUUCCUUUAUGGACCAAAAGUGCAAAAGAUUAAACAUCAUGGUUGCCAUGGCAACGCUAACACUGUUUUAAUGUGUUCAUAAAUGAACAUCAUACAGCUUCUGAACUUUCCUGGAAAAGAUCAUAUUGUCUUCAGUGUAUUUAAUAUAAAUUCGGUUCAAAGCAAACGUUACUCAAAAUACCUAGAAUUUUAGAGAACUGUCAGGAGCCACCUUAAUGAACUUCUUGAACUGUUAUUAUGAUACUUCAAUUUGUUUAAGUUCUUGUUUGUAUUGCCCAUUGCUUUUCGGUUUUUCUGAUAUCCGGAAUUAUCAAGGUCUCGGUAAGUGUUAUCAGUUCGUCUUGGGUGUGACUGGUAAUAUUUACCAUUAAUUUCCUCCACAUUGUUAAUUUUGGAUAUCACAAAAUCCAAAGUGAAGACCAGGACUAAUUUUUUUUCCCUUUUACAAAAAUACAAAGCCAAGAAUGAAGUUAAUUGUCACGAUGACGAAUUGUGACUGAUACAAAUUUGCCUGUCAAAAGAGAAAUGACGUACUGUAGCUCAUAACAGGACACUAUUCCUUAAUACAAUAAUUAUCUCCGCAUUAAUUUCGUCCCAGAAAAUGACAGGAUCGUCUAACGGUUGUGUUACAAUAAGCGAUUUAUCUAGGAGCUUGUCUCGCAAUUUUGUUGCGCGACACAAGUUGUACGCGAAAUUACAAGGCGUAACAUGCCUCCACUUGUUCCAACAAGCAUUCCACUAAGUAGAAUAACGUUCUACUUUGCGCGAUCGAUAUGAUUCCGGCAACGCUCCAACGCAUUUUUGAAGCAUUGAACAGUGUAACAUCCCUCAUGCAACUUGUUCGUAAUGUUGAUGAAUAGCCAACAAUUUGUUGAUGAAUUAGCUUACGUGAAUAGCCAAAUACCAACUACCCUGCACCUAACCAUUCUUGAGGAGGAGCUGAGGGGUCAUAAAAGUGUUCUAAACACACACCGCACGAAGAAUUUACAUGGCGUUAUUAAAAUCGCAGCGAGGCCUAAUGGCGCGGACGUUUCACACAACUUUAAUUAACGUAAUAAGUUAAUUACUUUUGACUUAUUUACAGGACGCGUUGGCAACAAACCUAAAUUUUCUGGAAGUUACAAAACGUCUGGCGUAGAAAUGUCCCCAGCGCCUCCUGACAUGAUUGCCGAUGAUGGAGCACCAGAAAUGAUUAACGAAGCUUUUAGAUCUGACGAUAAUAGAAUGUAA